CCUGCGAUUCGUACGCACAACCGGGGAGAGUGGAGGCAGAGAGAGAGAGAGUUCACAGGGAUCCAUGGAGCAGCAUGUCGCAGCAUCAGUGUUUUCUCAGUCUUCUUGUCCACGAUGCCCUUUAGGAUUUCAAUAAGAUGCGUGUGUGUUUCCAGAUCACCAGUUUCCUCCUCUCCGUGAACUUCUGCUGCCAGCCGCUGCGCGCUCAGGAUCCCUCCUGCUGCCACCAUGCUGCCGAGUUCACGCCUUGCAAAGAAGCUUGUGACCAGCUCGCCACUAUAAAGAGUGAGUCACGUCUGAAGCAUCUCCUCCAGAGGUUACCUGGUUACUGUCCAGAGUCUAUGAAUGAACUUUGGAUGUGCAUCAACUCCACACUUCCAGGAGUGUCCAGGAAGUCCGACGGCUGGGUGGGGCUGGGCUGCUGCGAGCUGGCCAUCUCAGCCGAGUGUCGCAGGGAAUGCAGACAGGCAACAUCUAAAAAUGACAUAACGAAAGUAUGCAAGAAAGUCACAGAGAACUCCCUCUACAGCUGCAUCACCAAAAAUGAAAUGGGCUCCACGUGCUGUAGCUAUGCAGGCCGUCACACCACCUGCAGGGACUACUGCCAGGCCAUCUUCAGGACGGACUCCACCCCCACCGUGUCCCAGAUCAAUGCUGUCAAAGACUACUGUCAGAGUCACGGUGCUCAGCUGCUCAGCUGCGUCAGCAACUUCACCAAGUCCUACCCCAUACGCAGCCCCAUCGACAGUCUGUACUGCUGUGACCGGGCAGAGGCCACCCACUGCCAGGUGGCUUGUCGGCAGAUCCUUCGCACCAUGAGCACAGAGCACGAGAUCAUGGAGGGUCUGAUCAAGGAGUGUGGCUCCCAGCCCCUCCCCCAGGAGCCCAUGUGGCAGUGCUUCCUGGGCAGCGCCCACCCUCCGUCCCCACCUGAAGAGGAGACCCCCCAUCCCGCAAAGAUGGACUGUGCCAAGCUGCACUGCUGCUCCAAAGCCAACACCUCGCUGUGCAGGGACAUGUGUCAGGAGAUCAGCACCAACUGGGGCAGCCAGACGUGGCAGGACUUCGACCAGCUCUGUGAGUACAACCCAGUGGAGACGGAGCUCAUCAACUGCCUGGCUGACGUCAGAGAGCCCUGCCAGCUGGGCUGCAAGGACCUCAGCUACUGCACCAACUUCAACAACAGGCCAACGGAGCUGUUCCGCAGCUGCAACGUUCAGUCAGAUCAGGGCGCCAUGAACGACAUCAAGCUGUGGUCCAACGGCACCAUCAAGAUGCCGGUCAUGAACAUCCCCGUGCUGGACAUAAGGAAGUGCCUGCCGGACAUGUGGAAGGCCGUGGCCUGUUCCCUGCAGAUCAAACCCUGCCACAGCAAGUCCAGAGGCAGCGUCAUAUGCAAGUCCGACUGUGUGGACAUCCUGACCCAGUGUGGGGAUAAGAAACGUUUCCACGACGGACUAACACCGGAGAGAAUUUGUGAGCUGCUUUCACCCAUCGAUGACCCUGAGCGCUGCAUCCCCCUCCACAGAUACCUCAUGCCCAGCUCCCUCGGCAACAGCAUUGUCGAGGAGGUCAUCCAUCCGUGCAACCCCAACCCCUGUCCCAGCAACCACUUGUGCCAGGUCAACAGGAAGGGCUGCCUCGACGAGCUCAACUGUCAGCCAUACCUCUGUGUGCCAGGCUGUAAGCUGGGCGAGGCCUCUGAGUUCCUAGUGCAGCAGGACGCUCGUAUACAAGUGCCAACUCGGACCGGUCCUGCUGGGUGCUACGAGGUGUGCAGCUGUGGCCCCAGUGGGCGCCUGGAGAACUGUGUGGAGAUGCCCUGCGUGGACACCAACAAACCCUGCAUCGUAGGAGGCCAGAGGAAGAGCCACGGGACGUCUUUCAGGAUCGACUGCCACACCUGCUCCUGCUUCGCCGGUGACACCAUCUGCUCCACCAGAGAGUGCCUCGGCUUCAGCAACUCAGACGACGACCAUCGACACUUUACUGGUCUUCCCUGCAGCUGUCCGGACCGCUUCGUGCCGGUGUGUGCCUCCAACGGGCGGACCUAUCCCAGCGCCUGUGUGGCUCGCUGCAUGGGAUUCAAGGACCACCAGUUUGUCUUUGGCCAGUGCCGCCUGAGUAACCCAUGCGCCAACAAGCCCUGCCAGAGGAACCAGAGGUGCAUCCCAAAGUACCGCGCAUGUCUGAGCGACUCGUCAGACUGUCUGCAGUACGAGUGUGUUGGCCGGCCGGCAGCCUGCGAUAAGAACAGCGUGGAGCCCGCCUGUGAUACCGACGGCCUGGUCCACCCCAACCUGUGCCAGCUGCAGCAGGCUGGGAAAACCCUGGCCUACAUGGGCCACUGCCAGGACGCCUGCAGGAAACCACAGCAGGUCUGCGGCCAUAACGGCGAGACCUACAGCACGGUGUGCGACGCCUUCUCUGACCGCGUGGCCGUGGACUACGAGGGCCCCUGCCACGCCGUGGGCGUCGUGUCCGAUGGGGCUCCUGACUCGGCAUGCAGCUCGGUCCCCUGUCCAGCUCUGUCCACUCCAGGCUGCCGUCCGGUCACCCCGCCCGGAGCCUGCUGUCCCAUAUGUGCCAGCAUGCUGCAGAUCCUCUGGAACAAGGAGCAGAUGAACACCUUCUCUAAGCUAAAUAAGAACAAGCCGGUGACGGUCCACGACGUCCUUCAGAUCCUGCGGCUGUACGUCUCAGUGCCACAGUGCGACGUCUUUGGCUACCUGAGUAUCGACCAUGAGCUGGUGGUCCUCAUCGCCCCGGUGGACCAUCAGCCCACACCGCUGCAGAUUGAAGCCUGCAGUAAGGAGGCUGAGAAGAUUGAUUCCCUCAUCAACUAUUCCAGCCCCACUCUGGUCUCCCACGUCCCCCUCUCCGCCUUCCUUACCUCUGAGAUCAAGACCUCCUCCAUCCACUCCUCUGGGGGCUCGCCGCCUUCCCCUCUGCCCCUCGUCCUCUGCUUCCUCCUGGGCCUCCUGGUUACGGCGGCCCCUGGCCUCCAGCCCCUCUAAAUGCUCAUUAUCCAGGCCAGCCUCCCCCUCACUAACUCUGAGUGUUCCAAAGCAGCCCAGACCCUCCACGGGAGGACGAGGUGUCGGGAGGUGAGUGUGUCGGGGCGGCCGCGGAGCAGGAAGAGGCGGCGGUGACGACAAUCAUUCCUAUUGACUGACCUGCGUUUCAAACAAUCACGGCGGUGGAAAAGCUAUUAUUAUGGAAAGCUUUUGUAUGAACAGUAUUAUUCAGUGAUGAGCUCCUGGCUGGGCUUCCCUCCAGUCAAGUGUGCUCAAGAGUGAGUGUGUGUGUGUACGUGUGACCUUUAAGAAGCAUUUGGCUUCAUACCAGCAGUGUUUAUCCAUUAGUCCCAGCAGCAGGCUCUCCUCUGAAAGCUGCUAAGUGGGAAUGUAAUGUUCAUGACUCAUUCUGUUCUGUACCGAGGCUCCGUGUGGAUCUGAACCCAUCGGCCACAACAUUACAACCACUGACCGUUGCUCUGCUCGUAGAGCUUCGGCCUUCACAUCUACGUGGAGGUUGCUCUGACACAUUCCACCAAAACAGUGCUCAGGACCAGAUGGAGGGACACCAGCCCUGAGGGAGGAACAAAACACAAGCCGAACCAUCCAGGGCCCAGGUCCUGGUGUCCGACACCGAGGACGCCUCAGAGCUCCUCGUCAGCUGGUUUUAACGUUGUGGCCGAUCAUGAGCGUGUGUGUGUGUGUGUUUAUGCGUGUGUGUGUGUGUCCUACAAGGACAAAACAUCUUCUGUCUGGCAGCACAUCUGUCAGACAGAUUACCUGAAACUCCCUCGGCCACACACACACACACACACACCUGUACAUCAGAUAGAGUCUGACCAGCAUUUAAGUGACACUUUUCAGGCCUCUGGUGCACGUGCACGGCGGCUGUACACGUGAGAGGCGUAUGGACCUAGUGGUGGAACCUCAGCAGUGUUAGCGCCUCUGGACUGAGCCAGCGCCGAUCAAACUAAUCAGCUGACUAAUCAAAGUGCCCCAAAUCUGGCCAGAUCAAAAGUCCAACUCAGAGAUCACAUCUAGGGGAGCCCAGGUUCUGUUCUGCUGUGUAGUGAAGCGGGUCAGCGGUCAGACUGUUUACCUGCUGGUAACAAGCUGGACGACACUCGGUACCAGGCGGUGCUCAUCAGGAGUCAGUGUUGUGUUUAAGUCCAUUCAGGGCGCUUCAGGAACCACAACAUGUGUCACACUGUGAGUCCUGGAGCCUUCACGCUGAUAAAGUCGGAUCAGAACUGCUAUGACAGGGGAGCUCCUCAGGUGCCACAAGGACCCGUUCAAACACAGAGCUGUUUAAAUGUCAGUGUUUUGAUUCCCCUCAGGCUCAUGUUGGUCCAGUCAGCUGACGGACCAGCAGCCUGAUGGUGGUUCUUCUCUACACCUCAUCAGGGAACUGAGGCUCUGCAGCGACCUGCUAGGAUGAACCCUAAUCCGAGCACGGUUCCCUCCAUUCUUGUGCCAGUGUUUUGGGCCUCGUCACGGUAACGCAACUGCUAAUGGGGACCAGAACUCUGACUGGUGCCGUGUGGCCCAGCUUUCAGCAGAUGAGCCCAGUUUAUCAAACAGACACAGUGUGACGCCCCAGACUGGUAACCCUAAACCUAACCAGACUGAUACCCCUAACCAGACUGGUAACCCUAAACCUAACCAGACUGGUAGCCCUAACCGGACUAGUAGCAGUCCCUUCAGCCCACUGGGUUUCUGUUUCCCUUUAUGCUGCCUUUGUGCUUCCACGGGUUCAGAAUUUCCAGAACCGACGUCACAGUGACAUGACCCAGUUCGUUCCUGUGCUGUGAGUCUAGCAGAGUCCUUUAUGAGCACCGCCUCUGGUACCGGGCCACCCGGAUGUUCCAGCAGCAGGUGGACGGUGCGUUAGCUUCCAGCAGCAGAACAGCCUGGACGGCGCUCCCUGUGAGGCCAGUAGCUCUGACAAGCAUUAAAAGGGACGUUUCCUUUCUGUACAUAAGAACUAGAAGCCAUUUAAUAACAAGGACAAUCAGCUAGCUGCUGCCGACAUCCACUCUGGGUGGAGGAGCUUCCACAGUAUGCCUUGCAUAUAGUGUCUUAUAUGAAGUAAUAAUGAAAAUGCAAUAACUUUAUAUUUGUUAAAAAAUGUCUCUAUAUUUGAUAUGUACCUGAUAAUGGAUUGAAAUAAUGAUCACCUAUGUGCCAUGUGUUUUUUAAACAAAUAGCUGUUAUUCUUUAUUGCAUGAUGACAAUUAUGAAGUGUGUUUACUCCAGAAUGUACCACAGUGUGUGUUUGUCUGUGCCUGUGCAGCGCGACGUGUCCCGUCUCUAACAGUAUUACUGUGCUAGGCAGCUCUGUAGCAGGGAACCAAAGGCUCCUCCAUCUAUUAUUAUUAUUAUUAUUAUUAAUAUUAAUACGGUUACUGUUGUGUUUGUGUCCUCUGGAGCCGACAUGGAUUUGGUUUACUUUUCAAGAUUGUGUGUCAUCAGUGUUUAUUUCAUCUUAUAUCAGAAAACACAAAAAAUUAAAGAGUUCACACCUCGCUGCUUUACA